CAGGAGCAGUGAGUGGGCGGAGCUUGAGCUUCACGGAGAUUCUGGGAAGGCGAAAUGGAGGGGAGUGUGUCUAACGUAAUGGUCUGCAACCUGGCCUACACCGGGAAACUGGAUGAGUUGAAGGAGAGCAUUUUGGCCGAUCAAUCUCUAGCUACUAGAACCGAUCAGGACAGCAGAACAGCAUUGCACUGGGCAUGCUCAGCCGGUCAUACAGAAAUUGUUGAAUUCUUGCUGGAACUUGGCGUGCCGGUGAAUGAUAAAGAUGACGCAGGCUGGUCUCCUCUGCAUAUUGCUGCUUCUGCUGGCCGGGAUGAGAUUGUAAAGGCCCUUCUAGUGAAAGGUGCACAAGUGAAUGCUGUCAACCAAAAUGGCUGCACUCCUCUCCAUUAUGCAGCCUCAAAAAAUAGGCAUGAGAUUGCUGCCAUGUUACUGGAAGGUGGAGCUGAUCCAGAUGCUAAGGACCAUUAUGAGGCUACAGCAAUGCACCGGGCAGCAGCCAAGGGUAACUUGAAGACGGUUCAUAUUCUUCUGUUCUACAAAGCAGCCACAAACAUCCAAGACACUGAGGGUAACACUCCUCUACACUUAGCCUGUGAUGAGGAGAGACUGGAAGAAGCAAAAUUACUGGUGACCCAAGGAGCAAGUAUUUACAUUGAGAAUAAAGAAAAAAAGACACCCGUGCAAAUGGCCAAGGGUGGCCUGGGCUUACUACUCAAGAGAAUUGUAGAAAGUUAAGCAGCUUGGAUUUAUUCUUUAUAUGUUUUGUUGUCCUCUCUGUCCUGGAAACUGUUGUAUUGUGCACAAGGCAUCUAGAACUAACAAACAUGUUUUCUCACCUCCAUAAUCUUAGAACAUGUUGUAUUGCUCCUGCCGAAGUACCUGUUCCAAGCUUACCACCCACUUUUAAGGCAUCGGAAAACUGUUGGGAUUGUUCUAUUGAUGUCAUUUAUUGUUCUCCAUUAAAUCUUGAUGGAUUUGGAAUAA